AGCCUAUAGGCCUACUAUACAGCCUUGUAACGAAAUUCGCUUUUAGAGUAACAGCAUCACUACAGGGAUCCGUUUCUAAAUAGAUUAAACUUUCGUAGUGAAAUCCAUAAGCAAACCGAUGGCAAAAGAAAAAGUUAAGAGGCGAAUAAGCGACAGGUUGUUGAUCACAUAUUGUGUGACUGGUACGGUGACCUUCUGUAUUUUGACGUGGAUGCUAGCGCAAAGGUUUGCAAAAGUAUCAGAGCCAAAAUCAUGUGUCGUACAACACGUGGAUAAUGAUCAAAACGAACAAAAAGAUACAGAAACGAGUACAUCACCGGACUUUGAAGUUACCGAAGAAAUGAGAAACCGGGUAUUACUGUUGAGGAGAAUUAAGAAUCAAAUCACAGAAAUGUGGAGAGCAACUUUACAUGGCUUGAACGGUCUGAAAGACGAUGAAGAUAUCACUGAUCGUGUACAGGAAACAUUAAAGCAAUUAAAGCUAAGACACCAUUCCCUCAUGAUUGACGCGGAAGACUUGGUUGCUUUUGAUCGACCGUGGCAGGAAAAAGUUGCUAAAGAAACGGAAAAGGAAUUAAUUACCAAAAUAGUCGACUUGCAGUAUCCGAAAAAUUGCGACGAAGCACCGCAAUUCUAUGUCCCACUUACCGAGUGCGGGUAUGGUUGUGCCUUCCGCCACCUAGCGGGGUGUUUGGAGCAAAGUAUGGUCAAUAAUUUGACACUGGUCGCUGGAUUUUCGAACUCCAUUUAUUCCACCGAUAUAAAAGAAGGAGAGUUCCCAAUAGAAGAAACAAGUUCAUGUCCCCCGCCAACUAACCUGAAAGGAUGGACGGAAGUCUUGUGUCAAUUAACACAAUGCGCACCGCGAAAUGAGAAUUUGUCCCGCAACAUAACUGAGCACAAGAAAGUUUUCAUGAAGAUUGAAUUUAUUCCAACGGCUGUGGGUUUCAAACCUCCAGGUGUAACCGAUGAGUAUUGGUCGCGUGUAGCAAGUUUCCAUGGCAACCCAAAGGCGUGGUGGACCGGCCAGUUGCUCAAGUAUCUGCAAAUGCCAACUGAAGGAAUGAAAAAUGAAAUAAACGAAGCACUCGCCACACGUGUCGAUUUUACGAAGCCGAUUGUCGGAGUCCACGUACGACGAACUGACAAGAUCUAUCUACCUGGCGAAGAUAGUGAAGUGCACACACUAGCAGAAUACAUGCAACACGUCGCUGACUGGUACGACAAAUACGAGAUGCGACUGGAGAAGGAAAACAGAGUUGAAACGGUGGAAAGGAGAGUUUUCUUGGCUACAGAUGAUCCAGAAGUCUGGAAAGAAACAGCCGGGUAUCCGGGUUAUACAUUUAUCGGAAACAGAAAAUUUUCGGAAACGGCGGUUGAUUUGGAAAAGCGUGAGACUUUGGAGGGACUGAAACAAGUUAUAAUUGAUACAGCGUUGUUAUCGAAAUGUGAUUUUAUUGUCGGAACACUUUCAUCUUCGGUGACAUCUGCAGCGUACGAACUGCGACAGGCCGAGCAUCUGGAUGCCUCUGAUGACGUUGCAUCGCUCGAUUAUAGCUACGGUGCAGUUGAUUACCCAAACAGGAUUCAAGUGGCAAUCUAUCCACACACAGCAAAUGCCACGACCCACGAAAUCGAGCUAAAAAUCGGGGAUAUAAUUUACACUGACACAAACCUAUGGAAUGGCUAUUUUCGAGGGAGAACCAGGCGUACGGGUGAAGUCGGGAUGUACCCAACUUAUAAAGUGAAAGACAGUACGGUGUAUUAUUCUGAUAUUGAUAAAGAGAUUAUGAAUAUUUAUCGCUUCGAUGAAGCAGAGGACGAUGAUGGGAACCGAUUUCAACAAAUUUUAAAAUUCUAAUGAAAACAAUAUUGUAUUUAUCGUUGCCUUUAGGAUACUAAUGCCGGCUAUUAGAAAUGGUCACGUUUUUGUUUCUAUGCACGUAGAAAUGGAUCACACCUUGUGUAUACAAGUAUACUCUUAUAAUGGGAUUUACUUUAAAAGUGCUUGGUGAAACACAUUUUGCAUUUUUGGACAAUAUACUUUUGUCUGGUUAACGAAUACAACUAAGCUUAUACGCCGAACGUAAACAUGGUUUAUUCCCACGUUAAGAGUGAAUGCUUCAAAACAGCAGUAUAAAUCCCUCAAACAGGAGGUUUUAAUUAAAACAUAUAGACGUUUUGUCCUGAUUUACGUAUUUGGUACAAUGAUGAGACGCGCAGGGGUAUCGAUCCAGUCGGAAUGAGGGCUGGACGUGUAGAUACAUUCACGAUUCGUAUCUGCACGGUACAACGCGCUUCUGAGUACACUACAUUUGGACGAUCUUCAUUUAUGCGUAUUGGAUUAAACCAUAGGGUUAGCGGGCAUAUAGUGCACGGUU